AUGCGCAGUGUUGUUCAAAAUGUCGACCUCGGUGCUGAACGCCGUUGUAUUUUACAUGUAGCGUAAUGACUCAGACUACACGCCGUUGUAUUUUACAUGGAGCGUAAUGACUCAGACUACACGACAAAUGUGGUCUUUCACUUAGUUAAAAGUGUUUUAGAAAACGAGUAAUAUCGUGGUUUGUGCAAACCGCUGCCAAUAUGGCGUCUCAGAACUCUAUAGGACCUGCUUUGCCCCCAAGCUUUAAAAAUGCUUCAGAUUCUGACGAUGAAAGUGACUUUGCCGGUCCCGCUUUGCCUCCCGGUUACAAACGAGGUGAACAGUCCAGCUCGUCAGAUGAAAGUGAAGUGGUCGUCAAAAGAGUCAAGACAGGACACUUCUCGGAAGACAAACAUGCAGUGAUGAAGACAAAGGCUGACGAAGAUGACGGCUUCUUUGGACCAGCAUUACCUCCAGGUUUUAGCAAGAAACAGAGUUCACCAGAGAGGCCACCUGUGCUGGGUCCAGCUUUACCUCCUGGGUUCCGCCAUGCAGUGUAUGAUGACAAUGAUGGAGAUGAAGAGGGUUUCCCAGGACCUGCCUUACCUCCAGGCUACAAGGCUGACUCCUUCAGCAGUGAGGAUGAGGAUAUUAUUGGACCCAUGCCAUCCAGCUGUCCAGUUCAAAAUACGGUGACUCUGGACAUUGAACGCAGGGCGCGAAUGAUGAAAGACAAGCUGACUAAAGUUGAUGCACCUGAGGUCCAAACCCGAGAGACUUGGAUGACAGAACUUCCACCAGAACUACAACACAUUGGCUUGGGAGCUCGUACUUUCAAGAAGAGGUCAGGUCCGGCGAAGGGUGACCGCUCCAUUUGGACAGAUACACCUGCUGACACAGAGCGCAAGUCCAGGGAGCGCCUCGAGAGAAAGAAAAAGGGUGAGACUGAGAAAGAUUCCGCCCCACAAAUUUCUCAAAAGGAUUUGGAAAUGGCAGACACGGUGUCGAAGUAUAAUAAAACUAAACGCUCAGAAUCUCUGAUGAGUUUGCAUACAAAGACCAUGAAGGAGAAGGCAAAGCAGCCGAAAGACGAGCCGGUGGAGAGAAGAGCAUUUGAUCGGGAAAAUGACCUGCAGGUCAACCGCUUCGAUGAUGCGCAGAAGCAGCGACUGCUGAAGAAAUCUCAGGAACUGAACACACGGUUCUCCCAUAGCAAUGAUAGGAUGUUCCUGUAAGACCAGUGUUUACAGUAAAAUGUCUACUAAAUAAUGCAUACAGUUCCAUGAAAAAGUAUUGGCACCCUUCUCAAAUUCUUACAUUUUUGCAUAGUUUCCCCACUUUAAUAUUAUCAGAUAAAUGUAAAUAUUAGACAAAUACAACCCAAGUGAACUUAAAAUGCUGUUUUUCAAUUAUUUCAUUUAAGGAAAAAAAAACUAUUCAAAAUUACCUUGCCCUGUGUUUUAAAAAAAUAAUAAUAAUAAUUCUGACCCCCGAAACCUAUUAACUAGUCUGGCCAUCCUCAGCAGCAACAACUGAAAUCAAGCAUUUUCUAUAUCUGGCAAUGAGGCUUUCAUAUCUCUGUGGAGAUAUUUUGGCCCACUCUUGCUUGCAGAAUUGUUUGAAUUCAGCAAAAAUUGAGGGUUUUCGAUCAUAAACUACCUUUUUAAGGUCAUGCCACUCCAUUUCAAUCUGAUUCAGGUCUGGACUUUGACAAGGCUAUUCCAAAACCUGGAUUUUGUUUUUUCAGCCAUUCAGAAGUUGACUUGCCGGUGUGUUUUGGAUCGUUAUCCUGCUGGAGAACCAAAGUGCGCUUCAGUUUGAGGUCACAAACUAAUGGCUGAACAUUCUCCUUCAGGAUUUUCUGUUAAAGAGCUGAAUUCAUGGUUCCAUCAAUCACAGCAAGUUGUCCAGGUCCUGAAGGAGAAAGCAGCCCAAGACCAUCACGCUACCACCACCAUGUUUGACUGUUGUUGGUAUGAUAUUCUUUUUCUGAAAUGCUGUGCUACAUUUUCGCCAGAUGUAACGAGACACACCUUCCAAAAAGCUCAACUUUCAUCUCAUCAGUCCAAUUAUGAAUGAUUCCCAAAGGUCUUGGGAAUCAUUAAUAUGUUUUAUUUAGUUUUGUCCCCUCAAACGUAAGACAAGCCUUUGUUCUUUUUGAUCAGCAAUGGUUUUCGCCUUGGAACUCUGCCAUGGAUGCCAUUUUUGCCAAGUCUCUUCAUUCUUAUGAACACUGACCUUAACUGAGGCAAGCCAGGCCUGCACUUAGAAGUUGUCCUGAGUUCCCUUGUGGUGUCCUGGAUGACUCAGGGGUAUUCUUUGUUGGCCUGCCACUCCUGGGAAUGUUCACCACUGUUCCAUGUUUUCUCUGUGUGAGGCCCCAUCUACGGUUUACUGGAAUCCUAAAGCUUGACAAAUGGCUCUUGUAACACUUUCUGAUAGAUGUCAAUUACUUUUUUUCUCGACUGUUCUGGACAUUGUUUGGAGCGUGUCAUUUGGUUGCAGCGUUUUUAGAUCUUUUGUCCAACCUGAUAUUGUCGGGACAGAUUCUGUUUGAGUGAUUUCUUGAUUGAACAGGUCUGGAGGUAAUCAGACUUGGCUGUGAUCAGUGAAAAUUUACCAAUAAUUGUGAUUAGCCACAAUUAAUUGAUGGUUUAACAAGCGGGGUAAUUACUUUUUUCACACAGGGCCAGGUGACUUCAAAUAAUCGUCCCCCCCGCCCCCCUCUUAAAUCACCAUUUUAAAAACAGCAUUUAAAGUCCACUUCGGUUAUAUUUUUCAGAUAUUUACAUUUGUUUGAUGAUCUUCAAUAUUAAAGUGGGGAAACUAUUCAAAAAGAUAAGAAAUAGAGAAGGGGACCAAUACUUUUUCACAGCACUCCAUAAAUGGACAAUUAUUUGGAAGAUGGGGCUGAGAGCAGAUGGAAUUUGCAUUGUUUAUUAUUAGUUUACUCUUGUUAGUUCAUGUACAAUGAUAUGAAUGUAAAUAAAACUUAUUUCUACUCUAUUAAGGCUGAAACAAUUAUAAAUGUAGCUUAAAAUUGUUCUGCUGUUAUUGUAAUUGUAAGCAGUGUUUUCACAUUUGAAUUAUAAAAUGUUAAUGGUAAACCAAUUGUAAGUUCUGAAAAUGCUAGUUGAUCUAUUGCUCUCAUCACAUUUUUAGAAAUGUUUUGUUUUACAGGUCUGUACAAUAAGUCUGCAAAGUUCACAAUUAAUUUUUUUAUUCAAAUGGAAAACUGGUCAUGAAAUAACUUGCACAGAAAUAGGACAACCACAAUGAAGGGAUUAAAAAAAUAAAAUAAAAUGUUAACCAAAAGUAGGACUGACUCAAAAAAAGCGUAAUUUGAGAAAGCAACAAGAAAAACUGGCACAUCAGUCGAUGAUAGUACGAAUGAUAAUAUAUUACAGUAGAGACGGAAACAGACAUCCAAAAUUAACUGCGGUCAAGCCAGCCUCCACUCAUUUUGUUCAUACUAGGCAUUAGGGUAAUAGGUCGCCAACUCGCGGCGAAAGCCACCUUCAAAAUAAAAGCUUCCCAAUAAUACGGACAUCAGUGCUCUUCGGUUAAUGAAUACAACCCGCAAAGUUAAUUUGAAUUUUGAGAUGAAAAUGUAGUUUAUUUGAUAUCUUGGGGAAAAUUAAUGGUAAAUGGGAUGCACUUAUAUAGCGCUUUAUCUACAUCAUCACAGUGCCCAAAGCGCUUUACAAAGCCUCACAUUCACACACACAUUCAUAAACCAAUGGGCGACUGCUGCCAUGCAAGGCACUGCCAGGACCACUGGGAGAAAAUUAGGGUUCAUUGUCUUGCCCAAGGACACUUCGUCAUGCGGACAGUCGUAGCAGGGAUUCGAACCUGUUCUCCCUACUGAGCCAAAGCCACCCCAACAUAAUCCCAUUGGUAUCGCAAAACAAAUCCAGAUGACAGACCACCAAGGA